AUGAAUGAAGAAGUUUUUGAAGAUUUAAUUGCUGAUAUGGAUUCAGUUAACCUCAACAAUAAAUCAUCAUCGAAAUCAGAACAAAAUUCAAAUUUAGUUGAUAUCACGAAAAUUAAAAUUGAACAAACUACAACUACGCAAAUCACACCUAAAACAUCUACAAAAACACCAACACAAAAGGGUAAUAAACGUAUAGACAUUAUUGAAGAAUACAAUAAACGUAAUGCUGAAAAAGAAUCUUUAAAUUUAGUUAUUAUUGGUCAUGUUGACGCAGGAAAAAGUACUUUGAUGGGUCAUUUACUUUAUCUUCUUGGUGAAGUAAAUGAUAAAACAAUGAAAAAAUAUGAAAGAGAAUCAUCAAAGAUAGGAAAAUCAUCUUUUGCCUAUGCGUGGGUUCUUGAUGAGACUGAAGAAGAAAGAAAUAGGGGUAUCACCAUUGAUAUUGCAAUGACAAAGUUUGAAACUAAAAAUAAACGAUUUACUUUAUUAGAUGCACCUGGACAUCGUGAUUUCAUUCCUAAUAUGAUUUCCGGAGCAGCACAGGCAGAUGCAGCAAUACUUGUAGAAUGGUCAAAAGAUAGAUUUGAUAUAAUUGUUUCGAAAUUAAGUCAAUUCUUAUUAUCACAAGUUGGAUUUAAGAAAAAGGGUGUUUUCUAUAUUCCUUGUAGUGGAUUAACAGGAGAUAACUUAUUAAAAAAAACAGAUAAAUUAUUAGAUUGGUAUAGUGGACCUACCUUGAUCGAACAAAUUGACAAGUUCGAACCACCAGUAAGACUUAUAGAAAAACCAUUCCGUCUUUCUAUAACAGAUUUUUUCAAAGGUGGUUCUGGAAGUUUAAGUGGUAUUACAGUGGCAGGAAGAAUAGAAACUGGUAGUUUACAAAUUGGCGACGAAUUAAUUAUUAUUCCUGGCAAAGGACAUGCAACAGUAAAAGCAAUACAAGUUUUGAAUGAAUCAUUCAAAUGGGCAGUUGCCGUAGGUUCGAUACUGUGCCCAAUAUCAAAUCCUGUUCCUUUAUCAUCACAGCUUUUGGUAAGAAUUGUUGUAUUUGAAGUAAAAAUCCCUAUUACUAGAGGUUAUAAUGUAAUUCUUCAUCGACAAAGUUUAAAUGAACCAGCUAUUAUAACAAGACUUAAAUCAAUUAUUGAUAAAACAACUGGAGAGCAAAUUAAAAAAAAUCCAAGACAUAUUCCAAAAUCAACAGCUGCUAUUGUUGAAAUACAACUUCCUAACAGACCGAUACCUAUAGAGACAUUUAAAGAUAAUAAAGAACUUGGAAGAAUAAUGAUAAGAAAAGGAGUAAUUGCACCAAAAAUUAAAGAAGCUCAUAAAUCCUUAUGUGCUGACACGAUAGACCAGACAGUUGGCAAAGAAGAGUAA